AGCUCUGCCAAACUGCUCACUACUCACCACUACCAGUCGUCACCAGUACUCACUCACUGCUGAAGUGACUCACAAAGGCAAACCUCCUGCUGCUGCUACUAUUAAACCAGCUCAGCUUGCUCUCCGCUCUUCUCUCUCACUCACACGCCACCUUCGCUUGUCACUCCCCAUGGCUCGCCUCCUCCUGCUCCUGCUCCUCGCCGCCGCCGCCUCCACCACCUUGUCCCAGUCGCCGGCGGCCGCGCCCUCCGUCUCCCGAUCCGGCUCCGCACACUCCCCCACUUCCUCGCCAGCAGCCGCCGCGGCCCCAGGCCCCUCCUCCUCCUCCCCCACGUCCAAGAACCACAUCUCCACCUCCCCCGCGGCGUCCCCCUCCCACUCCAGCACCAAGCUCACCGCCCCGGCCGCCUCCCCCGCCACCCACUCCCCUUCCCCGCCGACACCUCCGCCCGCAUCGCCUCCCCCCACGCCAGCCCCUGUCAGCUCCUCCCAACCGCCAGCAUUGCCGCCCCCGGCCACCGCGCCGGCGCCCGUCAGCGCUCCUCCCACCGCAUCGUCCCCUCCGGUCCCCGCGCCGACGCUUCCUCCCACGGCGCUCGCCCCCGCGCCGGCAUCGUCCCCUCCAGCCCUCGCCCUGGCCCCGGCGCCCGUCCUUGCCGCCCCCGUCCCUGUCCCCGCCGCAUCCACCGCCGCCCCGGCGCCCGCACCGAGCAAGAAGCCGAAGAAGAAGCACCUGGCCCCCGUCGAGUCCCCGCUCGCGUCCCCGGCCACCGGCGUCCUCGCCCCCGGCCCCGGCCCCUCCACCGCCGACAUGAUGAGCGGCGCGGCGCGACGGUACGCGACGGCCGGAGGUGCGGUGCUGCUGGUGACGCUGAUGCUGUCGCUGACGGCGGGCCCGGUCCUGGACUGAUGGUGGUGGUGGGGCCUCCUGUCAGUCUGCCAAUAUUACUAUAGCUGCCAUUGCUGCUGCUGCUGGAGAGAGAGAGAGAGAGAGUGCUGUGCACCACUGUGUUUUGUGUUAUCAGCAGCAGCAGCGGCAGCAUCGCAUUUGCUACUGAUUCCUACGAUUAUCACUGCUUUUGCAAUGGAUUCUUUCCUGCUUAUUGCCGUAA